AUGCACGCUUGUGCAAUGACUGUGCAUUCACCAGGAGCAACCCAUAUCCGCUCCGAUUCCACUCGACUAUUUUCUCUUACUACACAUGUUCCAAUCAUAGAUAUUUCCAUACGCGAAACCCAUAUAUACAUGGCCCACCUCAUGGAGACCCCGCGCACCAACCGCGGUGACACGACGCGGAUGGACUCUGAAAUGGGGAGCUUCAGCAUAGAAGAGUCUUUUCGCGCGCCCCCCGGACGUGACAACCUUUUUUCAAAAACAAACGGCGCGCGCACCCCUAGAAAUCCUCUCGCUACUCUACGAAAUCCGGCCGCGCAAAACGAAUUUACACCUUUGAUCAAAAGCGCCACGAAGGGCAGAGCAAGACAGGCAAACGGCGUGCUAAAUGGCGGUAUAACAACACCGGCAGCGUAUAAACCAGGCUUUACUCUUGGGGCUACACCCCUACCAGAGGCCAGCACCAUGAACGCUCUUUCUAGUUCGUUUAGCGAAACAGACAUGAAUAGCCGCACGCCAAUACCGCAAGCCGAUUCGAGCGCAAUGAGCACACCUAUGGCUUUGCCGAGGAGGGCGGAAGGAGAGCUGGACAACGGCAAUGGCAAUGUGCUCACCCUGAGGGAGCAGGAAGCACGCCUAGAGCAGAUUGACAAAGAGAACUUUGGCCUGAAGCUCAAAAUACACUUUUUGCAGCAAAAUCUCGAAAAAAUGGGCCCAGAGUUUAACCAAAUGGCAAUGGACGAGAACGUCACUCUCAAAGCGGAGAAAGUCCAAAUGACGCGCGACAUCCAGAAAUAUUCGAAGAGCCUUAAGACGGCCGAGAAAGACUUGGAGGCGUAUCGUCAAGAACUGCGCGAUUACGCCGAUAAGGUCAAGAAACGACAUGCCAACGAAGACAUGAAAGAAGAGAUGGACGAUUUGCGACGGACAAUUGAUGAACGAGAGGCAGAUAUACAACGGCUCGAGGAGGAUCUGGCCAAUGCAAAAUCUUAUCAAGACGAGGAAAUAGAAGACCUUCGGCGAUCGCUCGAUGAACGAGAGGCCGAAAUGGAAGAGCUUGAAGAGAAGCUCAAUAGCGCUCGUUCUGGCCAAGAUGACGAGCUCGAGGAACUUCGACAGUCUAACGAAGAUCGCGAGGCAGAACUGGAGCAGCUGAAAGAAGAAUUGGAGAAAGCGCAAUCCAGUCGGGAAGAUGGACUGACGGAACUUCAACGAACAAACGAAGAUCAAGAAACACAGAUUGAGCGACUGCAACAAGAACUCAAACGCGUACAAUCCGGUCAAGAAGACAAAAUGAAAGACUUUCAGCGACUAGCGGACGAUCUAAGAACUGAGCGCGAUGAAUUAGAAGCGACGUUGGAACUAGAGCGCAGCGAACGACAGAAGGACAACGAUGGGAUGGAUGAGAUAGUCCAGGAACAAAGAGCCAGGAUUCAGAUGCUGGAAACAAGAUUGACAAAUACGGACUCAGUCCAGAAAGAAAGCAUCCAGCUACGUCAAGUGGCUGAAAGCCGGGCUGCUGAGCUCGACAAGCUACGCGACCAGCUUGACAAAGAGCGUAGAGACAAGCAAGAGGGGAUUGAUGAGCUGCGUCGGCUGGCCGAAUCUCGGAAAUCGGAAAUUGAUCAGCGAGAGGCGGAGAUCGAGCGACGAAAAGCAGACUUCGCACGCCUGGAAUCAGAACUUGAGGGUCAGUACGGUGAUCAAGAGGAUAAGAUGCGCGAACUACGCCAACUGGCAGAAGACCGUGCUGCUCAAAACGAUCUUUUGAGAAAGAAGCAGAUCGCUGAAGUCACGGAGAUAUCAAAACACCGCGAUGAAUUGCUCCACAAGAUUUCGAAGUUGCAGACCGAACAAGACAAAGCCUUGACCAAGGCCAAAGAGUUUGAAGAGCUUGAACGGCAACAGAGCAACCUUAGGGAACAGUUAUCCAGAUUUCAGUCUGAACGAGACGAUGCUCUCGCUAAAAUCAGGUCAUUUGAUGAGACCAUUCGAGACCGCAACGACCUCCUGAAAGAGAUCUCCGAAUUGCGCAAUGAGCGCAAUAGUGUGCUAGCCAAGGCACAAAAAUUCGAUAAUACCGAACUCUUACGCCAUCGCGACAACCUUCAAGACGAAGUAUCAAAGCUUCGAACAGAGCGCGAUGACGCCCUUGCUAAAAUCGAAGAACUUGACGAAGAAAUCGACGUACUCCAAGAAGAUGCAGAUGAAGAGAGAGCCGCGUUAGAAAAGACCCUCCGACAAGACAUCAGCCGUCUAGAAAAGCAGCUUCAUGAGCUCCAUUCCGAUGUCGAACGCGAAAGAGCGGCCAUUAAGAAAACCAAUGACCGCGAGAUCACUGAUCGCGAAAGGAACAUCAAGGCCCUCCAAGACCGGCUGGAUAGUGAGAAAGCGAGCGCCGAGCGUUCUUAUGCCCGUGAAAUCCGCGAUCUUGAGAAGCGUAUCGAGACCCUGCAAGACCACACAGAUGGAGACAAGAAAUCGCACACCAAAGAGAUCAACGGGCUUGUUAAGCAAAUACAAUACCUGCGGGCACGCUGCGCGCGAGCCGAAGGGUUCCGAGCCGCACUCGGUUUCCAGAAGAACUUCUGCCUAAUGCAAAUUGACUUGUACAAUGACUGCAAUCAACAAGAUCUCAACCUCAUCUCUGCAAUGGGGAUCACGCCAGACCCCACUAUUCAUGCUCGCAAACCAUCACUCAGAGCAGCCGCUUUCGCUGUUAUCGCGACCAUCAAGAUGACAAAGCAGGCACGCAGCUGGGCUGCGAAUAAAAAGCUGCAUACGCAGCUGAUGCAGAAACUGCAUGGGAUGAGAAGGGGAACCGCUGCUGGUAGGCUUCUCUGA